AUGUUAGAGGUUCGAAACGCCGUAUCUUCCCUCGAGGCGUCGAUGACUUACUUUAACGCAGAGCUCGAGAAAGUGAAGGCCGAUCAAGCAGAGCAAACUAAGAUAAUCGGAGUACUAAAAUCAGAGACCGAGUCACUAAGAGCUACCAAUAUAUCUUUAUCUUCUCGCCUGGCACAAAUGGAUCAGCAUGUGCGUUCUUCAAACGUGGAAAUUCAAUGUGUCCCUGAAAAUAAACAGGAAAAUUUAAUAAACACUGUAAUGCAGCUAGGAAAAGUGAUCAAGUGCCCUAUUAGCGAGACGCAAAUUCACUACUGCUCCCGACUAGCUAAGAUUAACAACUCUAGUCCUCGCCCCCGUUCAAUACUCGUAAAAUUUAAUAGCCCACGUCUUCGUGACGAGUUUCUAGCAGCAACUAGUAAAUUUAACAAAAUCAAUCGUGAAGACAAGUUGAAUACCAGUCAUUUGGGUAUCGGUGCUAAUAAGAAGGCUGCUAUUUAUGUAGCAGAACACCUUACCCAUGAGAACAAGCGCUUGCACGCAGCUGCCCGUUCUAAAGCCAAAGAACUUGGAUAUAAAUUCGUUUGGGUACGAGACGCGAGGAUAUACAUGCGGAAGGAUGAGCAGUCAAGUUAUAUCUACGUUAAAGACAUUGAUUUAGUAAAUAAGUUGUCAUAA